AUGGUUCUGCUGUCCCCAGCCAGAUCUUGUCACAUUUCUACAGACACUAAAAUUACAGGCCUGCAGAGAGAUGAGGUGACAACCGGGCUCAGUGAGGUCGCCCCUCGCCUGGGCCAACGCCGUCCUCCGGCUCCGGACUCCUUCACCACCCGGAGCCCAAGAAGCGCCUCUCGCCUCAAGUCCAAACGCCGGCGCAGCCCAGGCUUGGCUGGGGUCGUCUGUGCGUCCCUACCCCGCUCCAGACCGGGGACACAUCCGCCAGACGACGAGGCGGGGACGCGCUUCUCCGAACAACCUGGCGGGCAGCCCCAGGAGACCUGUCCCCCGGAACCCCUCCCAGGCUAA